AUUCUUUUAUAAAAAUGCAUUAGAUCACCAGGAGAAUCAUGAUUAUUGGGACUAAAAUAAUACAUGUGCAAACUCAUAUAAAAUUAACAGUUACAAAAUUAGAAUAAUUUUAUUAGUUAAUAUUUAUUGAAAUUAAUGUUCUAUAAACAAGUAUUUCAUAAAUUGUCAAACUUGAAUGCAAAAUUAAAUACGAUUGUAGAGAAGAAUCAAACAAAUUAUAGAAUGAGUUUAAAGUUAUUUGGCAAGCAGGCUGAUGAUAAAAAUUU